AUGUUAGCCGUACAGUUGGUUGUUGUGGCUUUUGCUUUGGCUGCUGCUGAGAAGAUGCAAGCGCCUUCCAGCUUCAUGCUGGUAAGUGGUGUCUCUUCACCGCGAGAGAUGUGUCUAGUCGGGAUGGGCCCAGCGGGUGCUUUAUUGGACGAGUGCACGGCUGCACUUGCAGAGCUGGACGGACGUGAGGUUUGGAGUCUCACAGGCAGUGGCUCCUUGACGAAUUUAGCUGCGAAAAAGUGUUUGGCCGCGCAGCCUGAUGCUGCUGCUGGGAGUGCUGUUGAGCUAGCGCCUUGCGAUGAAGCAGGGAAGAGUUCAACCUGGGAGUUGCAGGCCAACGGACAAAUAAAGCUUGGGGCCAGCAACAUGUGCCUGAGCCAAGCAGGGCCUUCGCCUGGCCGUGCAGAUCUUGCCUCUAGCUCCGCAGUUGUUGCUAGCUCCACAUUGGACCCUGCGCACGGAGCUGCCCUUGUUGUUGAUGGUCUCGCAUCAUCCUAUUGGGUAUCCAAGUUAGACGAAGCAGGCCCUGUGUCUUUGACGCUUGAAUUUGACAAAGCGGCGCCUGUGCUCGAAGUAGAGCUUGAUUUUGAAUUUGCCCCUUCUUCUUUCGUGCUGCAAAGCUUGGGGGCAAGUGGUAAAUGGAUUGACGAGUUUGCAACUGACACCAACAUCCUUCGAACCGCCAAGCUCCCACUGGCCGGUGGCCCGGCCUAUGGCGUGAGGCUUGUGAUGAACAAAGCGCAUGCGACCCAAGCCGUGCUGGGAGGUCAUUCCAUCUUUGGGGUACGUUCCUUCAAGGUCCUUGCCCCACUGAUGCGCCCGGUUGUGGAGCCUUGCGUGGUGGCGGCCAAGAGCAGUGAUGCUCGAGACAAAUAUUUUGCCGUGGCCGUCGGCUCCUUUGAUCCUUCGUCUGGUGCGGCGCUGCGGUCGGAGCUUCCUGCUUUGGACUCUGCCGGCGCAGCAGUUGCCGCCGCAGUGACGGAGCUUGCGGAAGCAGUCCCAGAUGCGCGUGCAUGCAAGAAAGGCGCUGCCUUCAAGUCAAAGGCAGGACGCCGCCAGACAGUAUCAUCCACUCGCAAGAGUCUUGGAGGAGCAGAAAUUGGCGAGCAGGAAGCUUUGUUUGUCGAGGCCAAGAAAACCAUCAUCGGUCCAGCAGAAUACUUGGACCCAGGGACCUGUUCCAAAAGGGCUUGUAGCGAGUUUCUCUACGAGAAACUCUCCCUUAUUUGCACACGUAGCCGUGAGGAACCAGUUGUCAACUUUGACAAUGCUCUGGAUGUUGCUUUCAAUACAAUUGUUCAGGAACAGCCGAAACAGAUUUGGGAAACAGGUAUUUGGAAAUUCAUUUUCGGAAACAAUGACUCUGAACUGGAUUUCGAUGUUUGGGGCAGGCCACUCAAGCGGCCAACACCUGCUGUGUGGGGAGUCGAACAAAGUGCCCUCGACAAAGAACCCACUGGAGUUGCGAAACGCAGCCGUGUUCGGAGUUGCAAUUUCAUGGACGUUGUGUCAUUCAAACCAGAUGUCCCUUGGAGAGAUCAGAGGGAAGCUGACCUACAGAGGAGCAUUAAGCUUUGGAUUGCGGUCACCAGCAAGUGGGAUGAUGGUUGCAAUCUGGUUUGCAGGCUGGGUGAGAUGCGCAACGAGGCUGAAGUGUUCGACAUGUUUGCACAUGUUUUCUCAGGGAGGGCUCCAGUGACAGUUCGGAAAAGAGGCAUGGCAAUUUUGAAGCUGUGCGAUUACCUGGAAGAAAACAAGUUGGAAAGGUUCCCCAUGAAGGAGCUCACAUGCUACAGAUUCAUGUGUCUACAACAAGCUGAAGGCGCCCCUGCUAGCAGACUUCAGGGCACGAUCCAGGCCUUGACAUUUUGUCGACAUGUGCUUGACGUCGUGGAGCUGCAGGAAGUGUUGGAUAGCAAAAGAUGCCAAGGGGUGUCGCGUGAAACAUGUCCGAAGGAGCGCAAGCAGGCCAGUGAGUGGUCGACGCCUUGGAUCAAGCACCGGCAAGAGCUGGGUCUGACGUUCCCUCCAUGUGGCUUGAUCAUGCCAGCCCCUGACCGAGAAGGAGCAGCGACUCAAAGGCCCUUGGAGUCUGGUGAAUGUGGGAAGUGGUUGAGACGUUUGCUGGGUGCAGAAGAUGCCGUGGGAGCAAAUGCAGAGCGGCGCAUCAGCAGCCACAGCCUCAAGUGCACCAUGCUUUCAUUUGCAGCAAAACGUGGUCUUUCCAUUCCAGACAGACUGAUGUUGGGUUACCAUAGUUCACAGAUGCACAUGGCCAUGGUAUACUCACGAGAUGGUGCAGCUGCGAGUUUGCUGUUGUUAGAGAAGUUGAUUGAUGAAAUUUCAAAAGGAAUUUUCAGACCUGACAGCACCCGAAGCGGAAGACUUGUGGAGCCGAUGACAGACGCGUCAGGCCCUCAAAAUGCUGAAGUCAAGAUUGAAACAGUGUUGUCAUCAGAAGAAGAAGAGAGUGACAAAGCAGUGGAGUCCGAAUCUUCUGACAGCACUAGUGAGUCAGAUUCUUCUGAGAGCGUGGUGCCCAAGUUGCUGAUGCGGGGCGAGGUGGCCCAACGUUUGGUCCGGACAAUGAGCCAGCAGCCACCGCCUGGUUUUCAGCAAGUGAAGGUCGACCAGCUCAUUCGAGCGGACAGGGAGCUGUGGACAUUGUUGGCACAGGAUGUCAAGGGCAGUCUCAAGCCCGACGCUGCUGGAGCGAUACCGCUGGAUGCGGCCUUUCCCAGGUUGUGCCAAGAUCCACGCAUCACAAUGUUUCUCUUGCCGUCAUUGGCGACAUCGAAAGCAGUGGACAAGGAGCCCCCAAAGAAGCCAUCAACUGCAGGGCCAUCACAAGCAGCGGCAAAGAGCACAGGUGGGAAGAAGCGCACAGUUUCACAAGAGCCACAGUCGAAUACCGACAAGGCAGCUCCAAAGAAAGGCGGAAGGAAAAACAUGAAUGUUCAACACAUCCAUCAACCUCCUCCUGAAGUUUCACAUGAUCCAACAAUUAUCAACCUUAAGGGUGAGCAGUUGGAUGAAUUUGACAGUGCGCAGCGUGCAAAGUUCAGCGGCAAACUGCUGAGCGACAUGAUUUUUGUGGAAGUUUGUGCAGGGAGUGCAAGGUUGACAAGAACGGCAAGGGAUUUUGGUUUCAACGGCAUUGCAAUUGACCACACAACGCAAAGGUCUUGUGGGGUCGACAUUUGCUUAUUUGAGCUUGAGGACCCGCUCCAAGUAGAAGAGUUGUGCAAUUUCCUGAAGUCCGAAUCGGACAACAUAGCUGCAGUUUGGAUAGCGCCAUCAUGUGGAACAGCAAGUAAAGCAAGAGAGAGAAAGCUCCCGCAGCUCGCCAAGCUGGGCAUCGAACAAAAGGCGGUUUCAUUUGGGGCUCUGUUUUCCAAUACUCUUGAAGAGCAGCUACAACAACCAGAUGGAGAUGCGGCAGGCAGAAUCGCACUUGGCGCACUACUCAGAGGUGCAAAAGUGAAACCGCUAGUGGCAGAAUUUGGCAGCUACAUUUCCACCGUAGCACCGGCACAACACACAGGGGCAGUCGAGGCUCUUUUACCUUCACUGCCUAAAGGUGCUCGAAUCACCUCACGACAGUUGUGGAAAAGGGGUGAGUUACGGGUCGCGAGAGAGGAAAGCCAAUUUCUUGCAGGCGCUUUUGAGAUGGCCCCAGAAGAAAUGGUUGAAGUUUGUUGGAUUGGCAUUCCAAGUGAGCCAAAAGAUUUUGUUGUGCGAGCUAUUGCUGCUGGACAUCCUCGCAGUUUGGACGUGCAUGUGGAUGAGACCAUGCAAAAGGUGGUUGAACUCAAUUUGUUGGAGCCUCCAUUUGUGCUUGCCAAAAAACGUGUUGAAUAUUUGAAGAAAUGGACGGCCAGGGCGAAAGAGACGUCAGCCCAGGAGGAGGAGCUGAGGAAAACCAUGCCUGACCAUGUGCGACAGGAACAAGAGCUUGAAGAGGCAACUUGGAAAGAGACUGAAGCGGAGCUCACGAAGGGCUGGAUUUUUCUUGACAAAGAAGGGUCUACAGAAGGCAAGUAUUUGGGGCGCCGCUUCGGCAUCAAGCAAGGGGCCAAGGUAAGAGUCAUUGACGAUUGCACUUGCUGCGGGCUCAACCUGACGGUGGGACUGCAUGAAAAGUUCCGUUUGCACUCGGUCGAUUUUUUGGCCGCAAUGCUGGGAUUUGCUUUGAGAUCCUGCCCUGCUGACAGCAGGCCCAAUCUCAAAGGCCGGACGUAUGACUUGCGUUCGGCAUACAAGCAGUUUGCUGUGCAUCCAGUGGACCGUGCUUCCUUGCGCAUGGGCGUCAACAUUCCGGGGUCCACUGAUUAUGCUAUGAUUGGACGCUGGGAUUGGAAAUCGACUCUUCGGGGUUUGCUGGUGGUCGCGUUUUGGUGGGCCACAGAAAACAGACGUGAAGAACUUCAUGGUCAACUCGAUGCCUUCUUGCGUGACAACGCCAUGAGUGCCAAAGAUGCAGAGAGGUUGAGAGGGCGUAUGAUAUUUUUUGAAGGAUACACCUUUGGGAGAGUUGCCAAUGCAGCAGUCAAGGCAUUGGGACGUUUGUGCACGGGUCCGCGUGCUGCCAGGACGCUUGACACCUCCAGCAGGAGCGCAUUGCAGUUCUUAAAACAGCGUGUGCUUGAUGGGCCUCCUCUUACAAUUGAGAGGGCACUCCAUUCCACCUGGUUUAUCUUCACAGACGGAGCUUGUGAUCAGGUAGCCAAGACUGGCUCCAUUGGUGGGGUACUCUACAGCCCGUCUGGAGAAUGCUUGCGUUUCUUUGGAGAGAGCGUGCCGGCCAAACUCCUGGAUGACCUCUUUUCCAGGUCCAAGAAUCCUAUCCACGAGUUGGAGGUCCUCCCGAUUUUGGUGGCGGCAUCACUGUGGGGCGAUCUUUUUCCACACUCUCAAGUCGUAUACUUCAUCGACAAUGAGUCGUCGCGGAUGGCUUGCAUAAGAGGUGCCCAUCAGCCUCCUCAGCUGGAGGUCUUCUGCGUGGAGCCCUGCUACUUCUGUGGUCUCCAAUGUCGGAAGGAUCCUUAUGUUUGUCAACUGGAUGACACAGUUGAUGGAGAACCUUUUGGAUUGCAGCCCACGGCAAUGGAUCAUUCUGAAUUUUCUGGAGAACCUUUUGGACUUCAGCCCACGGCAAUGGAUCAUUCUGAAUUUUCGCCUAGUUCUUUUGGUCAUAAGGAACAAGCUGACAAUGAUGUGACAUUUUCGAAUGCUGGUGUAGAUGGCCAUGACUUUGAGACUUUUUCUCAAUUCCAGGCUUUUGCAUUUGGAGGUGAUCAUUUGGAUACAGAAAGGUUGGAACCCUUGGCAAGCCAAUCUGAUGGCGGAGUGGAGGUUCCUUCGUCUGCGUAUGGGGCUCAACGUUGUGCUAUGAGCUUGGCUGUGGAACCGCCCAAAUUUUUCUGGGAAACUGACCCUUUUCUGAAGACAGUUUUUUGUGAUGACAGCAUUCCCAUGCCUUCUCUCAAGAGGCCUCAGCAACCUAUUGAUGUGACAGGACAAGGCUCACCUGAGGUAUGGGACCUAUUGCGUCGUCCCAAGAGCAGAGCUGUGAGCAGUUUGUGUGCUGAUGUGAUACGCCAUGUGGAAAUCAAGGAUGAGCUUGAUAAGCGGCGCAGCAUGAUUUCAAAUUGGUCCAGCUUGGUUUGCAUCGAUCUGGAAGCUUUUUCGUUGGGUGAUGCGUUGUUGGCAGAAGGCAAGGUGAUCAGCCAUGCAGAUGUUGAACACAGCAUAGCUGCAUGUUUUGCGAGGAAAGCCACGAGCACAUUAAGCAAGCGUUUCUAUGCCUUGAACAAAUAUGUGAAUUUCUGCUGCAGAAAUGGCCAUCAAUUUUUCCCGGUUAGAGAAAGCGUGGUCUUCACCUAUUUGGGCUUGCGAGGUGAUUUGGCUGACUUGGGAACAACACGGGUGGACGGGCUGUCCAUUGAACUUGCAAAGCGAGCAGGACCCAUCAGGCAGGUGCCAGCACUCACUGUGCAGCAGGUCAUGCAGUUGGAAAAACUUGUGGCAUCCACUGAAGAUUUGAGAGACGCAGCAAUAUUUGGAGGAAUGUUGGUCCUCAUGUACGCUUGUGGCCGCUUCUCAGAUGGACAAAGAGCUAUCAACAUGAUACUGGAUGGUGAUUUAGAAACUUUGGAUCCAGCUGCACUGGGAGGCCAGGGUUUUCUGGAGCUCCAAGUGUUGGGCCACAAGGGGGCGCGGAGCGAUGUUCUCAGAAGGACCUUCCUUCCUUUGGUGGCAUCCAUUUACACCUUAGCUGGAGUAGAUUGGUUCAAAGCUUGGAUCCAAGCACGCAAUGCACUGGAGCUCACUACCAGUGGCAAACUCAACAAACCGUUCUUAUGUAGGUUCAGCCCGAGUGGUGCUGCCUUGGACCAGGAGCUUACAUCACCUGAAUGCAGUUUGUUGCUCAACCGGGCUUUGAAGGUGGAUGAGAAGAGCGAACAUGCAGUGAGGUCUCACAGCUUGAAAACCACACCACUGGCAUGGUGCUGCAAACAUGGUGUUGAUUUGGCGACAAGAAGGCUGUUGGGUCAUCAUCUGGAUCCAUCUUCGAAAUCGGCUGAGACCUAUGCUUGCGACUCCAUGGCUCUCGCUGUCAGAACAUUGGAGACCGUGCUCAAUGACAUCAAGAGUGGCAAGUUCAGACCCGACGAGAGCAGGUCAGGUCGUUUUGUACAAGUGCGUGAACCACCAGCUGCACAGGUAACCGCUGGUGAGUCAGAUGAUUCAGACAGCGACUAUGUGCCCAGUAGCAGCUCAGGGGAAAGCGAUGAGGAACCUUUCAGCGUGCCAUCAGAGUCGAGCCUCCUGUGGCAUUUGGUUGUGCCGCAGCUGCGGCCGGGUUACAUAGAUGUGCCUGAUGGCGUGCUGGUUUUUCGAAACAAUGUGUCUGGAGUACAACACAUGAAAACACCUGGAAGAUUGAAGCUCAUGUGUGGGCGCCGUCAGACUGACAGGUACACGUUCUACGCCGGCAAGCCGAUCCAAGGGGUUGCAUUGUGCCAACUUGACCAGGAAAGGUUUCAGGGCCUGGUGGACAUUGUUUGCCCGCGAGGUGCAUCAUUGGGUGUUCAGGCCAGUUUGAAACAGCUGGCAUACGAAGCUUUAACAGUGGCUGUAGCUGCAAUUAAACAGAGAGUGGAAACACCGUCAGAUGAUGCUGCAAAGAAAUUGCCACCACAAGAAAAGGACCAGCGUUUACGCACCUUGAAACAGAAGAUCACUGGUUUUGAUGUUUCUGGAGAUUACGAGCCUGGGCAUUGCGUCAUUGACGCUUUCGCAGGGAUGCUGGAAGAAAGUGUGUUGAAGUUUUGGCCACUUAGCAAAUGUGUAUCGAGAGAGCAGGAGCUCCAAUCGGUCAAGGCUGACAAACAGGUCAUCAUGCUGGAGAACCAGCAGUUGCAGGUGAAAGCCCGCAGCACCGAGUUGACGGCUGACUUGGGCAAUGAGCUCAGAGUUCACAUGGCUUUCAUUCGACGUGGUUUGGCUCUGGAUAUGGCUAACUUAGCCACCUAUGAAGUGCAUGAAAAAGUCAUGAGGGAGUUCAUGAGCCACCUCACCAGGCAACCUCCACCAGGUUUCAAAGGGCCUACGAUUGAAUCAGUGCUUCGAGCAGAUAAAGAGUUGUGGACCAGAGUUGCAGACAGAGUCAGGUCAGACCUUAGACCAGACAGGACUGGAAGCUUGCCAGUUGAUGCGGCUUUGACAGAACUUUGCACCUCUGCAGCUGUGGUUUUUCAUUUGCUUCCCUUGCCAGGCUCUGGGUCGUCGAAUGCCCCAACAAAACGAAAGACUCCAGAUGAGGCCCCUACAAAGACUCAGGCGUUGCGUCGAAAAGGUUUUCAAGUUUUCUCAGUUGAUCACAAGGCGGUCAAGGGGAUCCCAGUUUUGGUGAUUGACCUGAACUCAGAUGCACAAUUAAAAAUUUUUGAGGAGUUGGUACAGCAGCGACGCCUACUGUACGUGCAUUUUGCACCACCCUGUGGCACAGCGUCCAAAGCUCGAGCCAUUCGCCUGGGCCUCAAAAACGAGCCAAAACCCUUACGAAGCAUGCAGUAUCCCAUGGGCCUUCCUCAUCUCAAAGGGUUGCAAAAAGAAAGAGUGCGUUUGGCCAACCGCUUGUAUGCUCUCACCAAGCGAUUCCUUGUGGAACUCCAGAAGCAAGGCAUUGGCUGGUCAGUUGAAAACCCGUCCAGCAGCCUCAUGUGGCUCACAGACCAGUUCGUUGAGUUCAUGCAGACAUUUGGCGAUGUGAUUUACGGUGUGGUUUUUCAUACAUGCAUGUUUGGUGCUGCACGGAAGAAAGAAACAGCUUUGUGGACCAACAUCAUGGAGCUAUGCCAACUUAGCCGAAGCUGCACAGGUGACCACCCACAUGCUGCAUGGGGAUUGACACCUACAGGUACCUUUGCAACAGCAGAUGAGUGUGCCUACAACAGCACGUUGUGUGCACAUUGGGCUGCAGCAAUUGAACAAUAUGCCAUCAGACGAGGUUUACAACCUGCACCAGCUACUUUGGACAACGUUGGACCCGACCACCUGCAUCUCAAAGACAAGGUUAAUCGAGCCAUUCUGGGUGCACUACCACGUGGCAGCAAGAUGCCGCCACUCCUGACUGAUUUUUUGCGGGAGGAGAUCGUGGAAAUCCAACGUUUUCCAUGCUUGGCCCAGGCAAAACCUGGGGCCAGGCUCACUGACAACACAGUUUUCCCCAAAGGUUCACGCCUGUUACAUGUUUGGAAUGACUAUGGGGGGUUACAAAACAGUGGGCCCAGCGAUGUGGAGGAAGUCCAUGCGCCAACUCAUGAAGGCGAGACUCGUUUGCUGGCAAAGGUGGGCAUGCCAGUCCCCCCUUUGGACUACUUGGCAAUGGUCACCAAGCUGGUUCACCCUGACCGCAGCGAGUGA